AUGUUUCUGUCCCCCGGCAAAGUUCUGGCUCCGCUGGCCGUGUACUGUGGGAGCAUCUCUUGGACCAGUGCUGCACUCCCGGGGGGAAGCAGUGACUCCAGCCCAAAGACUUUUGGAAAAGCCUCCCUCCGGCCAGUGCUGAGCGUCCUGCUAGAGAAGCCAUCGCAGCUCUUGAGUGGAUGUGGGGAGCCUGGCAGCCUCAAGCUGGGUGCUUCCCUGAAGGGCUGGCAGGCCAGGAAUGGCCAUCCCAGGAAGCCUGGGGCCCUGUCACUGGGCCCCCAGCCCCUGGGGCCACUUCCUUCGCUGGAGUCGGAGGCCAACCGUGUGGCCCGGGACACCACUCAGAUUAAGGACAAGCUCAAGACAAGGAGGUUCUUGGAGGGCUUGGCAGCAUCUCCCCGAGCCUCUCUGGAUCCUGGGGGAGCCCCCAAAGGAGUUCCCCUGAGGACCGCCAUUCCCCGGGCUGCCUCUCAGAUGCCCAGGCCGAUGACUCCCAUCCAGAGCCUCCCCACCACCCCGGAGGCCAGCGGAACCAAGGACAAAGGCCUGGACCCACCCAGGAGCCAUCAGGGACCCCAGGAACUGAGACCCGGUGCCCAGGAGGCGCAGGUGUCCCAGCAGUACCUGCACUGCAGUGGCGAGAAGAUGCACAAGUCCCUGGCGGGCAUUGUGAUCCCGCCCAUCCCAAAGGACAGGGUGCCCGCCGGGACCUCCUCCUGCACGCCUGGCUCCCUUCCCAGCCUCUUGCCUCCAGGCCAGGACAUCCUCAUGGGCCUGAGGCCUGCCACCACACGAUUGGUUCGGGAGGGUGGACCUUGGGAGAAGACCCCCGGAUCUCUGGAGCCAAAACCUUUGGUCCUGCCCGUCAGAGACAGGUCUGCUGCCCCUGAGAAGCCUGCCCUGCCUUCCUCUCAGUCUGCUCCUAUUCUGACAGCCUUCUCCUUCAGCCACGCCAAAGAAAGCCAGCCCUUGCUAAAAGAAGAGGACCAGAAGGAGAGUGGCACCAAGUUUGCCUUGAUCUUGUACCGGAUCCAGGUCACCAUAGCCAGGUCUGCCCAGGAGAAGAUGCAGCUGAAGCAGAUGAAGGAGAUGGAGUUGGUCCAGAGAGUGAAGGAGCGGGAGAGGGAGAGGGGGAGGGAGCUUGCUUCCCAGAGCCUGGGCUCCCGGAGGACCUUGAUGAAGGAAGGCCUCCUUACCCUCCGGGGCAGUGGGACCCUCUCUGUGCCCACUGGGCUGAGCAGGCCCUGCAGAAACAACACUGGCGUCAUCCUGAGGAAGCGGGCCGACAGGGCCUCACUGCCCAGCAUCCCUAGAACUAGGCAGGAAGUGAGAGCUCUGGAUUCCAGUUCAGCUCACUCCUUACCUGCGGUGCUUACUUUGGGGUCUCCUGAGUGGGAAGAAGAGGAGGAGACGGACCUUCGGGCUUUUAAGGAGCUAAGGCCUUUCUCGAACGCAGAGCUGGGGCUGGUGGAUGCCCUGCAGUGCCUGGACCGCAGCGACUGGCAGAUGAAGGAGAAGGGCCUGGUGAGCAUCCAGCGCCUGGCGGCCUGUCACUCGGAGGUCCUCGCUGGGAGGCUGCACGACGUGUCCUUGGCCGUGACUGGAGAGGUCACCAACCUCUGCUCCAAGGUGUCCCACGUAGCCAUCAGCACCCUGGGAGAACUCUUCCGGGCCUUGAAGAAGAAUAUGGACCAGGAGGCUGAAGAGAUCGCCCGCUGCCUGCUCCAGAAGAUGGGAAACACCAGCAAGUUCAUCCAGAGGGCGCCCAGCCGGUCCCUGGGGGCCAUGGUGCAGCAUGUGACCCCCACCUGCUCCCUGGUGGCCGUCACCUCGGCGGGCAUCUACCACCGAAACCCCUUAGUCUGGAAGUGCACUGCCGAGCACCUCUCGGUCGUUCUGGAGCAGAUAGGCGCCGAGAGGCUUCUCUCAGGCACCAGAGAGAGCACAGACAUGCUGGUGCACAACCUGGCGAGGCUGGCCCAGGACUCCAACCAGGACACCAGGUUUUAUGGCCGGAAGAUGGUGAAUAUCUUAAUGUCAAACACAAGGUUUGAUGCAUUUCUGAAGCAGUCCCUCCCAUCCCAUGACUUGCAGAAGGUCAUGACAGCUAUUAAACAGUGGGGAAUAGAAGAUGGUGAUGAACUUCCAUCUGCCAAAGGCCGCAAGGUGUCGAGGACUGUGGUGUGUGAGAAUGGGCUGCCCGGCGAGGAUGGGCUCAGCUCCAGUGGCCCGCAGCUGGCAGGGCUGCGCUCCUCCACGCGGGGUGGCUUGGAGAUGGCGGAGCAGCUGCGGGAGCUGACACGGCUGCUGGAGGCCGAGGAGUACCAGUCUCGGAUGGAAGGCGUGGGGCGGCUCCUUGAGCACUGCAAGGCCAAGCCAGAGCUCAUCACCGCCAACCUGGUCCGGGUCUUUGAUGCUUUCACCCUAAGGCUUCAGGAUUCCAACAAGAAAGUGAACCAGUGGGCGCUGGAGUCCCUCUCCAGGAUGAUGCCCCUCCUGAGAGAGAGCUUACAGCCCGUGCUGCUCUCCAUCAUCAUUGCUGUAGCAGACAACCUCAACUCCAAGAACUCAGGAAUUUACACUGCUGCGGCGACGGCGCUGGAUGUAGUGAUUGAGAGUCUGGACAAUAUCUGCCUCCUACGCGCGUUUGCGGGGCGGGUGCGUUUCCUGAGUGGCCGCGCAGUGCUUGAUGUCACAGAACGUCUGUCCGUGUUGGUGGCCUCAGUUUACCCCCGAAAGCCCCAGGCCGUGGAGGGCCACGUACUUCCGGUCCUCUGGUACUUCUUGAAUAACAUGUUCGGGAACGGCAUCCUGCCCGGGCGCGGUGGGAGCGUCUGCACGGCCGUCUGCCGGCUGUGCAGGAGCCUCCAGGGGCAGAUGGGCUCCUGGCUGCAGGACUUGGCCGCCAGCCAGCCAAAGCAAGUCCUCAAAACGCUCCAGGAGCUCUUAGACCCGGAAUCCCUGUGAGACAGCCCCAAGGUCACUGACGGGGCGGGGGGGAGGGCACCUGACAGCAAGACAACUGGCAGCUCACGCCCCUUUCAUCUGGAUUAA